AUGGGCUGGCAGUUGCAGCGGUUGAGGGGACUGGGAGCGGCAGUGGUAGUGUUGCAGUUGGUUGAGGGGACUGGGAGCGGCAGUGGUAGUGUUGCAGUUGAGGGGAGUGGGAGCGGCAGUGGUACGUGUUGUAGUAGGUUGAGGGGACUGGGAGCGGCAGUGGUAGUGUUGCAGUUGGUUGAGGGGAGUGGGAGCGGCAGUGGUACGUGUUGUAGUAGGCUGAAGGGACUGGGAGGGGAGCGGGAAAGAUGGGUAAUUGGUGGGAGCGGUGUGACUGUGGUAGAGGAUGUACGUCAAACAAUUGCUAUUGCUGCUACAUGUGUUGUAGAAAAUGUAAUCCAGUAUGUUUUAAAUGUCGCAAGUUCACGCAAGAUCGCCGAAGUGGAUUCGCCAGCUGCGAUCCUAAGGGAUGUACAGAGUGUGACAGAAGCAGAUGUGAAUGUUACUGUUGUAACGAUAGACGCUAUAAUGCUCGUUCUCUUGCUUCGUUCAGUCAACAGCAUUCCCCCGCCUCACACCUCCGGUCAACAGCCAUCAGCCGUCACCUCUGACUCACCAUCCUCCCCCGCCCCUUACAUCAUCGUCCCCGUAGCCCUCAUCAUCGUCGUCAUCUGCGUCAUGAUCUACUUCCGCAUUCGGCCGUUCCACAGGGUGCGGUAUCUACUGCGCAGCUAA